AGAAUUCGCUAGAUGCCAACCGACUGUCGAGCAGAGCGCACGUCUCUCGCCGCUCCGCAGAAAAAAAACUUUUACGCGUCAAAAAUAAACGGUACAACUUAUCUUUUAAAGAAAUAUUGUCAUAAAAUCGUUGUUCAAGUUUAAAUAUAUGUUUUUUUAAGUUUUUCUGUGGUUGUUUUGUGUUUAUAAAGUUUGAGUCGAAGUAGAAAGUAACAUUGCAUUGACAAGAAUCCAAGUGGUCUGGUCAUGUGUAGUGUAGUGUGUGUUAUAAUAUAACCAAGGAAGUUCAAACCGUUUUGAAAACAUCCGCAGUAUUCAUCUUAAUAAGAUAUUGGAUGAGCUGUAACAGUAUAUAGAGAUUCAAUACUGAGCUGUGAAAACGUUAUUUACUUCGUGUCUUUUUAUAAGAUGUGACUAACCCCGUCAUGGCAGCCACCGACGGCCAAGUUGUGGCCGCAGCAUCACGCUGGUGUGAGGAGGGAAGCUACCUGCGAGAGUUCGCAGUCAAGAACCGACUGCCAAGCGUCGCCAAGAUUAUCAAAGGACAGUAUGGAGGCCUUGGUGUACCGACACUACCAAGUCCUGGACUUCAGAGCACUGCAUUGCUCGUGUCAGUAGGAAAACGAAAGAAAAUAAUAGCACAAGCCAUAAAACUCAAAGAAGGAAGGCGAAUGGUCAGCGUUGGACCCCGAAUAGCCAUCCCCGAAACAUAUAAAGGCUAUUUUGAAUUACUAAGCGAAGAAGGUCGAGCUGUGCGAUGUAUCGAAUCAGUAUCAGAACUAGCUAGGAGGAAACUAGACGAUGGAUGCCUUGUUAGAGAACCAGUUAGAGUAAUUUGUGCUAAAACAGACUUAGAUGGCAAUGUGACAGCUGAUGGAGCUAGAAAUCUACCAGCUGGGGAGGUUAUCAUGCCUAGAGGUGAAACGUUCUUAGGUAAAAAUAAGUAUUUGAAAUGUACAGACUCCAAAGGAGAUAUGGUGCUCUUAAGUCUGGAUCAAAGAGGAAAAUUCUCUGCAGUUGCUAAGGAAGAAAAUAUAAGCGGAGUGCACACAGCAAAAACUUUGUUGACUAAACGAUUGCCGAUCACUGUAAGACUGGUGCACGGAACUCCACCCAGGGGCCUGAAAAGCGCCAGCCAUUUUGUCCCAGAACUAAGACUACUGUCCAUGUUUGAAGAAGAUCAUGUUUUCGCUCUGCCCCUUCCCAAAGAAGGCAAUGCGUUAGUAGCGCUACCAUUAGCGGCGCCACUAAAAAUGCAAAGAUGCAAAAACGAGGAUCAAAUAAAGAACUUCAUGGAAUUUUCUAGACUAGUGGAAAAGUGUAAUCGAUUGUUAGUUGAUGUCGUGGAUCGAAUACAUGUGUUGGAUGGAAAGUUAGGUGAUCCUAAAAGGCUUCUGAACGGACCUCUUCACGCCCCACCUUUAGUCAAAACUGGUUACUUCCUUAGACGCAGUGCAUCUUCAGACACGGCGAACCAACACAAGCACAUGUCUCGCCACAACCACAUCUACAGCAGUCAUCGAGAUGAGAACAGUAUCCCAGACGAAUAUGACGAAAUAGACCAAAUUUACGACUACGUCAGAGGAUUUGCGCCUCUACCUAAGAAUAUAAAAGCCUCAUAUUCGAAUGAACCAUCUCCAAGACACGAAUCAGCUCCAGCAUCACCCGCAGCAACUCCUAUUCACAUGCCUUUAAUCACGGAAAUUAAACCAGAACCACCGCCGAUAGAGACGAUACCAACAAAGAAGCCAUUGAACAUUCAGAAAGCUGAGAAGAGAACGAGGAAGGCUCCAACACCGAUCAAAGAAACCCCAGUCACUGUUUAUAAGGAAAAGUGUUCCAUAGCGCCUGCAGCAAAUCUUCCAAAACUGUACAUCAAAAAUAGUGUGAACAACAGUAAGAAUAGAAUGGUUUUCCGUCAAAAGAGUACUUCGCCGACUAAAGAGGCACCUAGUCCAGUAGCUAGUCCGAUACGACCGAUCAAAGGUGACUCCCCAAUCUUCAAUAUAAGGUAUAAGAGUCUAUCAAAUAUCCACCAGGCCAUGGAAUUGGAUGGUACGUUAGAUUCGAGCCAUUCUGGAGGAAGAACGUCUGGAGAUUCUGGUAAUGGUCCGAAAUUGCCUGAAAAACGGUCUAGGAAGUUAAGCAGGCCGAAGUCAUUGACGAAUCUGGUUUGGGAGCUAAAGGGAUGCCCUGAUCCGGAGAAACCUAAGUCUAGAGUAAAGAAUGAAAGCUACAAGAAGAUUGGUAACAAAUUGUCUUUGGGAGCUCAGAAAAGGGUGCCGACGUUGUAUCUUUAGAUUUUGGUCCACGUUGUCUACACGACAGACGUGUGCGACCAAAGCAGACACACGACAAACGACUACAACGACCGAACAUAACAAAACCGUUACAUUUUGAAUAUACAUCAUACUUCGGCUAACUUCGGCAACCUUCGGGAGCGGACGGCGAACGACCAACGAGUUAAAUUAAAUAGUAUUUUAAACUCAGGAUGUAGCUAGUAUAGCAGAUCUUUGAUCGAUAGCAUAAUUAUUUCAUCUGACAAAUGUAAUAUUCAAUUGGACUUUUCUCACUAGCACCACCUGAGGAGAAUAAAAUUAAAAACUGUCAUUGUAAUAACAUAUAGAAAUAUAGGUGAGAUAGACCACAAUAUUGUUCGAUUCAAAACAGAAAAAAUUAAAUCCGACCAAAAUUUGUUGAGCACCGUCAUUAUAGACACAAUUAUAAAACAAUAGGUUGCGGUCACCGGUGACCGCUUGGUGUUUGACAGUUUAAAUAAAAUCAGAGUAAUAUUUUGAUGUUAAAAAUGUAAAAAUUUUGUAACAAAUUAUGAUCGCUAUUUUGACUCUUGUAGACAUGUUAUGUACGCACUAAAGUCAUGACUUUACAUACAUGACAAGUUCAGAACAUAAUCAAAAUAUUACACUAACAAAACAAUAGAUAAUUAAGGGCCAAUUUUUCCAACGCGAAAAAAAAUUUUAA